AUGUCAUUCAUUAAGGAUUUCUUCUUCCCAGUGAAGACGUCUGAUCCAACCGCCGAGGGUUCCAACGCAGGCGCCUCGAAGGAUCCGAUUGUGCAAGGGCUCUUCACUCCUCGUGUGCUAUCACGCUACAACGGACACGAUGAUGAGCGUAUAUUCAUUGCAGUGAAGGGGACGGUUUACGACUGCACACAGGGAAGACAGUUCUAUGGGCCUAGCGGUCCAUACUCCAACUUUGCUGGACACGAUGCCUCGAGAGGGCUGGCGUUGAACUCGUUUGAGCUGGAGAACGUUCCUGACUGGGACCAACCGUUGGAUAAGUUGGAUGACUUACAGAAGGAGGAUAUUGAGGCGCUUGAUGGAUGGGAAGCCCACUUCCAGAAGAAGUACCCUGUGGUUGGUAAGCUGGUAGCCGAG